AACAAAAGGCACCGCGUCCGCCCCCACCCCCGCCCCUUCCCCUCCUCGCGACGGGGCCCGGGCGUUUCCGCGCAGGCAGCGCCGGCAGGAGAAGCCGCCGCCUCGCUGCUGCGACCCGCAGCCCUCGGAGCGCCGGCAGAUAUUUCAUACAGCAUCAAGUGAAUGUUUGGGUAGGAAGGUGCAUUGCUUGUGUGUGUCCAUCUAGGAGUCAGACUGAAGAAUAAUGAAUAAAGUGGCUGACAUCAUGACAACUGUAAGACAGAGAAGGGUUGGAAAAGGCACAGAAGCGGCUGAAGAUCAGCCUUCGGAGGAGAAGAAUGUGAAAAAUGAAGAAGGUGGGAAAAUUCUGCCUGGUUAUACAGGUAGAAAGCUGUGGAACAUAUUCUCAGUAACUGUUGGUGGAAUUGUUGCCAUCUCUGUGGGACUUCUUACUUCUGUUUAUGUUGCCACACUCCAUGAAAAUGACCUGUGGUUUUCCAAUAUUAAGGAAGUUGAAAGAGAAAUUUCAUUCAGAACAGAAUGUGGACUUUAUUAUUCCUACUACAAGCAGAUGAUUCAGGCUGCUUCCAUCCAGCAAGGUUUACAUGGUUUAGUAUAUGACAAUAAAACUGAAUCUGUGAGGACAAUUAACAUACUUGAAAGAAUGAAUGUUUACCAGGAGGUGUUUCUCAGCAUUCUGUAUAGGAUUCUUCCAAUUCAGCAGUACCUAGAGCCCGUUUAUUUUUAUAUCUACACUUUGUUUGGACUUCAGGCAGUUUAUGUCAUUGCUCUGUAUGUAACAAGCUGGCUUCUUAGUGGAACAUGGCUUUCAGGGUUGUUGGCAGCUUGCUGGUAUAUUACAAACAGAGUAGAUACUACAAGAGUAGAAUUCACCAUUCCUUUAAGAGAGAACUGGGCACUACCAUUUUUUGCUGUUCAGAUAGCAGCCAUCACAUACCUACUCAGAACUCAUUUGCAGCCUGUUCAAGAAAAAAUGACACUUUUGGCUGUAUUCAUAUCAACGUUUCUCUUUAGCCUGACUUGGCAAUUUAAUCAGUUUAUGAUGCUGAUACAAGCGUUGGCGUUAUUCAUACUGGACUGCUUUGACAUGCUUCCUACAGCAAAGGUUAUGUGGCUGUAUAUCAUUCAGAUUUCUGGAUUACUUCUGGUCUGCGUCCUACAGUUCUUUAAUUCUAUGAUACUUGGAUCAUUACUUUUAAGUUUUAAUGCUUCUGUCUUGAUAGCAAGAACAAUCCAGAAAAACCUAAAAAAGGGCACCUUGCUUAAUAGGCUUGGAAAACUUAUCCUCCAUGUACUGUUAGUCAUGUGGUUGACUUUCCUAAUAAAUAAAUUCAUCAAGAAAAUUCUUCAUCUUGAGUCAGAUGAACAUAUAUUCAAAUUCCUGAAAGCAAAAUUUGGAUUUGGGGCAACAAGAGAUUUUGAUGCUAACCUGUAUCUUUGCGAAGAAGCUUUUGGAUUACUACCAUUAAAUACUUUUUCAAGACUCUCAGACACGUUGCUUUUUUACGUCUACGUAUUUGUUCUUUUCCUGGUGACAGUAGCAGCUGUAAUUGUUGCCUUUCAGAACCUCAGUGAUUCAAAUCAAGUCCAGUUCAUGGAAAAAAUGGAAGAAUGCACAAUAACACUGAAGCCUGAUGCUGCUUACAACUUUAUUCACACAGUCCUUUUUGGCUGUCUGGCAUUCAGCACAAUGAGAAUGAAAUACCUCUGGACAUCCCACAUGUGUGUAUUUGCAUCUUUUGGCCUGUGCAGUACAGAAGUGUGGAAACUCAUCCUGAAGUGUAUCCAUCUCUACACACCACAGAGGACACGUAUGAUGAAGUAUUCUAUACCAAUAAUUACAUUACUAUACAUUUCAUAUAAGUUCUGGCCAGGAAUAAUGGAUGAACUGUCAGAGCUGAGAGAAUUCUAUGACCCAGACACUGUGGAGCUGAUGAACUGGAUUAAGUCAAACACCCCAAACACAGCAGUGUUUGCUGGGAGCAUGCAGCUGUUAGCAGGAGUCAAACUGUGCACGGGACGGACCUUAACUAAUCAUCCCCAUUAUGAGGACAAGAAUCUGAGAGAGAGGACAAAACAGAUUUAUCAAAUCUAUGCCAAGAGAUCUCCUGAAGAUGUUUACAGAAUACUGCGAUCCUUUGGCACAGACUAUGUGAUCCUGGAAGACAGCAUUUGUUACGAAAGAAGACACAGUAGAGGCUGUCGGUUACGGGACUUACUUGAUAUAGCUAAUGGCCAUAUCAUGGAUGGUUUGGGAGAGAAUGAACCUGAUUUGAAACCUUCGUUGUAUCCUCGCUUCUGUGAGGAAAUUAAAAAAAACCUGCCUUCUUACACCGUACACUUCACUAGAGUGUUUCAAAACAAAACAUUCCAUGUUUACAAACUUGCUAAGCAUAAAUAACAUUUCCUACCAUGGCUUCAACUUCAGUAUUUUAAUGCUAGGACCCACAUUAGAAAACACAGAGGUUGUUUACAAACAUGUUCCAUUUGUAAGACUUUUGCGUUGAUGGUUUCUUGUUUAAUUACUAUGAUUCUUAUUUUUUUUCGGACAGUUUACUUUCAAUAACGUUCUUGAUAUUGCCAAAAUUUUCAUAGAUUCAUAAAUAAAUGCGAGCAGGGACCAUUUUGAUUACGAAGUCUAACUCGAAUACAUAGGCUAGUAUUGUUUCCAGUUUUAACUGACUGGAAGACACACCAAGUGCAGCCUGAUGGCCACUGCAGAAGAGCGAGCCUGUGAGGUUCUGCUCAACAGUUUGGAAUUUAACUAUGAAAUGAUAGAAAUGCCACGAAAGCCGCCCAUGCUACUCCUGUAAUGAGAGUUUUAUCCUGCAGUCUGAUCCUCUUUGACAGAUCCUUGUGCUCUUUCAGUGCCUCUUUUUUGAAUUCUUUGGGAAUGUGUGUGGAUAUGAGUUUCCAAGCUUGUGUGACUGCUGAAUCAGUGAGUGUGCAAAUAGCAGACAAGUUUGAAGAGUAAAACUUAAAUCACUGUCCAGCAUUUUUAGUGAUACAGAAACGUACUUUUUUAUAAUGUUAAGCACUUAAUGAUGGAGCAUUAAGUAUUUCUAAUGAGAAUAAAGGUUGGAGCAUGCUUGAUACAUGUUGCAUGUUUGCAUCUUUGUAAAAUGCUCAGAACAAACAAAAAACCAAAUUUCUCAGCUUGGAUUCUCACAACACUAUUUUCUGUAUUCACAUUCUAAGCUACAGGAGAUGCUUUUUCUCUCCAUGUGGAUUCCAGUAAGAUACCAAAAUUGAGCAUUGCCAGCCUUACAAAAGGAAAAGUCAUCUCUAAAUGCAACAGGAAACUUUUAUUUAAAAUAUUUAUUUAAAAUAUGUUUUGGUACUAGAGCUUUGCUUUACAUUAUUCCAGACACAAAGCUACACAUUUUAGCACAAAAUUUUUGUGCUAAACAUCGUGUCCUUGCUCUUUAUCCUAAAAAAAUAGACUACAGCUAUUUUAAAUUAACUUGGAAGAUUAAGCAAAGAUGGGAUUCAAUCCUGAGAAUUUUGUGAUUUGUUUGUACCCGCUGUCUUUUUACCAGCCAGAACUUUGUGAAUUGUAUUGACUUGCUAAAUGCCAUGUAGAUAACACCUGACUUUUGCUGUGUUUUAGUGCUGCUUCGGUUUUAUAUUGAAAUUAGAGAUUAAGUCUGAUUGAAAGUCUAACAGUAAUCUCCAACUUUAAUUAGACAUCCACUAGGAUCGUUUGUUUCUUAUGAAAAACAGAAUUGUAAUAAUCAAGUGCCUCUAGGCCAAUGUUGAAUUAACAUUUGAAUACCUAUAAGAGAGUUUGUGGCCUGUGCAAAUAACUCAUUUACAGUAAUUACCACUGCAAUUAAUUUCUAAUGAUGGGAAACUUAAAGUGCUACUGAUAGCAAACUCCACAUUUAAUUUAAUCAAGAUGUGUAAUGAGAUUAGCUUUCACAACUGAGCUGUGUUCCAAUUCCAAAUGAUUUAAAUGUUUUCCCUUUUCAGUUGUACUAAGGUAAAUCACUGAAGAGAUGGAGAUGGUUGUCACAUGCUCAAACAAUUUUAUAUUCAGUAAAUACUCAUUAAACAACGUUCGAUGUCUUUCUGCACUCUCCUGCUAAGGCAAAAGCGAAGGGUGCUUUAAUCAGGAUGUAUUUAAAUCAAACACUGACAGUCGCCAGGUACUUAAACUGAGCAACUGAAACUCCUGUGUAAUUUCCAGCCUGUAUCCCUUAAUGAGGUUGGAGACCACUGCAGUUUAACUUAAUACAAUAAUAAAACAUUUUAAUCAGUAUUAAAACUUUAAUUAGACCCGUAAUGAUGCAUGCCUGUUCUUGCUGAAAACAUGGGUCAGUGAAUUCCUCGAUGAGUGCCUUACAGUAAUUGAAAACAAGCACACGUAAGGUAAAGUAUGUCUGGGCUGUGUUGUCUUAUUUUAAAAUGUGGUUGUAUCUUUUUUUAAAGGUGCAGUAACUUUCCUCUGAUUGAAAUGAGAGAUCCCGAGACCCAGAGGUACCCUGUCAUUUUCAGAAUUUACUUGUAGGUAACAGCUGAGACUCAGAAGUCCUGACUGUAAAAGUGAUUCUUUUUAAAUAGACUUUUUUCAAAAAUACAGCCUCUAAUGUUGCCAAAUUAGAAAUUUGACCUUUUCAUAGAAACUAAAAAGUGCAUUUUUUUUUUUUAAAUAAAAAAAGUAGACCCCAAGCUACCUUUGUCUUGGGAAAGCAUAAAAAACAAUGUCUGUUAUAACCCAGAAGCACCUCAGUAACAUAGUUUCUUCUUGCAGCACAAACAUCCCCCAAAGUAGCACACCAGACAUUUGAAGCAUUAGAUACAAAGUAUUUUGGAGAUUGUUUAACUGGUGCAGUUCAAAGUCUUUAAAGCCCAGGUAGCUUGUGACACUAGUGAACAAUUCCGACAGUUCCUGUCUCAGAAAUAUUUCAUACUAAAGGAAAGGGUGUGUUUUGCUGACUAUGUAGUACAGUGUUCAAAAGACCCGUCUCCUUAAAACGGUAAAAUAAGAGAAUGCCAAGGAACGAGCCCACUUACUAGUCCAGAAGAGAGCAGCGCCAGCCCCAGCUCGGCCCGUGGAAACAGGAGCAGCUGCUCCCCUUCCCCAUGUAAACGCUCCCCAGCACCGAGCCCCUGGGCCGGGCCAGGGCUGCCUUUGUUCCUCUAGCAGGUGGGGUCUGAGAGCCUGCGGCUUCCAGGAGGUAAGUGCUGCUUGAGUUGGCUGAUAAUUAUUUUCUCUGCUUCCCAUGUUUUGCUGUGAUCUGUAUUCACUACAUUAAAAAUGUGCCAUUUUUAAACAAAAAUAACUUUACCUAUUGCUGAACUGCAUCAUCCUCAUGCCCCUGUUUCCAGUGGCAUCCCUGGUUGUGUUAAGUAUGAGCCACCCGCAGGAACAGCCCUGGUGGUGAUGCGUUUCCCAAAGUCUUACAAUUAACCAGCAGCGGGAGCGGCACCACCACGACUUCACAUGUGCGUUGCCUGGUGUCUGCAAGGACUUUUCGGCUCUGUGUUAUCAGUGGGAUGGUGGCAUGAGUGACUUUUUUAGGUAGAUAACAGUCACAAAAUGUUAUCAAGUAGCUGGAAUGUUUUUAGGAGAGAAAAGCCUUUGAGAUCCAUAAGUAUAUUUUCAUUUCUUGUUUCAGUGUUCUGCUGGUGAGAUCUAACCUAGUUAUUUUAUAAUACGUUGUUGUAAAGAGAUGUAAUGACUAUUGUAUACUAAAUAAAUAGUGCAAUUUGAAAAAUCA